GCUGACUGUGUAAUGAGAGCCGGAUCGCGACUGAAGCUCCGCCUCAUAAACACUUUUACACUGUUUUACACUCAUUUACACGCUCAGAGUCGGCGUGAAGAGCGGAUUCUGCGCUCAUUAGCGGGCGUCAGCGGAUCCGCGGAUCUUUAUUCUCCGGUUUUUAGCCUGAGUCUGAGUUUGAGGCCGGUGUGAGUUUCAAUGACGCCAUGAUGUUAUUUUUACCAGAUGAGCUCACGAACUCACUCUAACUUCACCAGCGGCGAACUGACCAGCUUUAACUAGCCUAACUACCCAUCCGCGUCUCAGUCGGGGUUACUACUCACCCGGUCUUCUUUAUCUGUGGAUUUGCUGUAAAAUGAAACGGACUGAAACUUUCACGCAGGAUGACGGAGUGCAGCGGUAAGGAGGUGCAUGAGGUCACGCCGCUGCCGCCUGUCUGUGGAGCCCCUGUGAUGGUGUGAAAGAAACUCCUAUCAGCCACUGAGCCCCAAACACACACACACACAGGCUGCGAGUAAGUGUGUUUUUCCUCUGGAGUUUCCUCUGGCUGUUUCUCAUACGUUUUUGGGCCGCCUGCCGAACGCAUCAUCAGCUGCUACAAUGGGGCCGUUGAUCUCCUGAGCGUAGCGUCACUGAGACACAGAGACUGUUAGUGCAGAGACGGACUGAGGGAUUGUGGGUAUGUGUGAGCGCGCGGCGCGGCCCAUCGGGGCCGAGGGUCUGGUGGCUCUGCUGGAGGGCUCUCUGGACCGCGUGCUGCUGAUCGACAGCCGGCCGUUCGUGGAGUACAACGCGUGUCACAUCCUGGAGGCCGUGAACGUCAACUGCUCCAAACUGAUGAAGAGGAGAUUACAGCAGGACAAGAUCCAGAUCAGUGAACUCCUGCAGCACUCGGCCAAGAGGAAGCUGGAGCUCCAGGGUCAAGAGGUCGUGGUGUAUGACCAGAGCUCGUCUGACCCCGCCUCCCUCUCAUCAGAGGCCUUCCUCAGCGUCCUAUUGGCCAAGCUGGAGAAGAGUUUCCCAUCAGUCCACCUGCUCUCAGGUGGUUUUGUGGCGUUCUCGCAGCUGUUCCCGGGUCUGUGUGAAGGCAAGUCCCCGCUGGUGCCAUCCUGCAUCUCUCAGCCCUGUCUCCCUGUGAGCAGCAGCGGGCCGACGCGGAUCCUGCCGCACCUGUACCUGGGCUGCCAGAGAGACGUGCUCAACCAGGAGCUCAUGCAGCAGAACGACAUCGCUUACGUGCUCAACGCCAGCAACACCUGCCCCAAACCAGACUUCAUCCCCGACUCGCAUUUCCUGCGCGUGCCGGUCAACGACAGCUUCUGCGAGAAGAUCCUGCCCUGGCUGGACCGAUCCGUGGAGUUCAUAGAGAAAGCCAAGGCCAGUAACGCCAGCGUCCUGGUCCACUGUCUGGCGGGAAUCUCUCGCUCGGCCACCAUCGCCAUCGCUUACAUCAUGAAGAGGAUGGACAUGUCUUUAGAUGAAGCGUACAGGUUCGUGAAGGAGAAACGGCCGACCAUCUCGCCCAACUUCAACUUCUUAGGUCAGCUGCUGGACUUCGAGAAGAAGUUGAAGAGCGCGAGCGAGGCGCCGCUCAAACCGCGAGCGCCGUCAGACGAGCAGAAGCCGGAGCCGCUGACGAUGCCCUGCGUUCUGGCCGGCGUCCCCGAGGAGCAUCUUCUGGCCCGUGCGCUCUGCGGCCUUCAGCUCGGCGAGGAACCGGAGGAGGACGUCCGGCCCAAACGCUCCUUCUCCCUGGACAUCAAGUCGUACGGCGAGUCCAGAGCGCCUCUGCGAGCGUUUCCCGUCGGUGAACCCUGCCAGUUCUCGCCGGUGCAGGAGGUUUCAGAGCAAAGUCCAGCUGAAGAUCAAGCUAACAAGAUGCUCCAGCGCAGCGGCAGCGUGGAUGGAGCUCCAGCGGGGGUCCCGUCUCACUCGCAGCACCCGUCUAAAGCGGCGGCGGGGGCUCUGAAGGGCUGGCACUCGGACAUCGUCCUGGGACCCGUGGCCGGAGGCUGGUUCCUCUCCUCAGAGUCGGCACGCUUCUACUCCACCUCGGCCAUCUUCAGCGGCGGCAGCUGCGCUCCGGGUCUGGAGGCGGUGAGGAGACGCGGCCGGCAGCGCAGCGGAGACGGAGGAGACUCGCGCAGGAGCUGGCACGAGGAGAGCAGCUUCGAGAAGCAGCUGAAGCGCAGGAGCUGCCAGAUGGACGGCAUGACGGACAGCCGAUCCCGAGAGGAGAUGGGCACGAGGAGCAGCCAGUCCAGCUUCUCCGGCAGCUUGGAAAUCAUCGAGGUCUCCUGAGGACUCCACACGCGGUCAUUCGUUUCUUUGCUUUGUUCUCAUUCAGAUUUGAACUCGAUUUGGUGGGAGUCUCUCUGAACCACAGACAUCCAGGACCUCACGACACAAAUUAAGGCAAGAAACUACAGAUGAACAGGCUGAACCUUAAUAUACAUCACCAGCUGACUGAUUACAUUAAGAAUUACAAACAUUUCACCAUGAUUUCAGCGUGAAUGAACUGUGUCCCUGGAGCACAGAAGCAGUCAUAAGUAGCACAGGUAUAUUUGUAGCAAUAGCCAACAAUACAUUGUAUGGUCAAAAUGAUAAAUUUCUCUUUUAUGCCGAAAAUCA